AUGGAAAUUAUAAAGAAUAAUAAUAAUAAUAAUAAUAAUAAUAAUAAUAAUAAUAAUAAUAAUAAUAAUAAUAAUAAUUUUUUAUUUUAUAAAUUAUGGAGGAAUAUUGUAAUUAAGAAUCAAAUUAUUGAAUAUUUGAAACUAUUUAAUCAAAAUUAUUCAAAUAGGAUAUUUACUAUUGAACAAUUAAAAAACUAUAAAGAAAGAGAAUAUUUAAGAGAUAUAACAAUAACGAUUCCAUCCAAUUCUAUAAUGGAAAUUCAUAAAAUUGAACCGUUACUUUCAUAUUUUAUAGAAAAUGUUCAAGUUAUUGAAACACCAAAUCCAACCAUGACACCAUAUAAAAAAGUAUUUACAAGUGAAGAUUAUGAUGAAUCAAAUGAAUCAAAUGAAUCAAAUGAAUCAUCACCACCACCACCAUUACCAUUUCCAAAAAUUAUUAAAAAAUUUACAACAUGUUUUUCAAAUAAUCAAAGAAUUAUAUCUGGUUUAUUUCCAUCAACGACUUUAAAAACUUUGAAAUUUGGUCACUUUUUUUCACAAAGUUUACUAGACCAAACUACUAAUAAAUCUAUAAUACCAAAUGGUUUAGAAACAUUAUACAUUGGUAAAUCAUUUAAUAGCUAUCCUCUCGGACCUAACCUAUUACCACAAUCAUUAACUAAAUUAGAAAUUGGUGAUGCCUAUAGGUUAGCCAUUGAACCAGGUUGGUUACCAGAUGAUUUAAUUGAAUUGGAUUUAGGCUUUAAAUAUAAGAAUCGAUUACUACAAGGUUCAUUACCAAAUAAACAAUUGAAAUCAUUAGAUUUAGGUACGUUCAAAGGUGAUAUUGAACCAGGUGUAUUACCAAAUUCAAUAACAUCUUUAAAAUCAUGUGGUAUUCCGAAUUUCAUUGGUACUGAUCUAUGUAAUUCAUUACCAUCAAAUUUAAAACAACUAGAAUUGCAUCAAUUACCAUCAUCAACAUCCCUAACCAAUUUCUUACCAACUUCAUUAACAAGUUUAGAAAUAUCUCAACCAUUUAAUCAUGAAUUACUUAUACCAUCAUUAACAAAUUUAAUAGAUUUAAAAAUAACUGUUAAUCAAAACCAAUUCAAAACAAAUCAUUUUAUUAAUUUUCCAAAUUCUUUAAAAUUUUUAUCAAUUCAAAAAAAAGAUGAAACCAAAAAUAAAAGUAAAAAUAAUCAUAAUAAUAAUAAUAAUAAUAAUGAUAAUGAUAAUGAUAAUAAUAAUAAAAGUAAUAGUAAUCAAAAUUUUAAAGAAUUUCCAAAUUCAAUUGAAUCAUUAUCAAUUUCUAGAGAACUAAUUGAAAAUGAUCAAGCAUUAUUAACAUUACAUUCAACAAUGAAGAAGUUGAAUAUAAAAUACCCAUUUCCAAAUUUCAAAGCAAAUAAUAUGGAUGGUGGAAUGGAAAAUUUCACAUUACCUUUAUUACCAAAUUCUAUAACAGAUUUAAAUUUAAAUUUAUAUGAUCGUGAUUUAAUUCCAUCAUCAACAGAAGAUGGUGAAGCUGGUACUGGUACUGGUACUGGUACUGGUGCUGGUGCUGGUGCUGGUGCUGGUGGUAUUAUGUGUUUAUCACAUUUAAAGAAUUUGAAAUCAUUAGAAAUUUGUGGUUAUACUCGUGCAAUUAUUCAAGAUUCAAUACCACAAUCUUGUGAGACUAUUAUUUUUAGUAUGUCACAGUAUAAUAGUCAAAUAGAGAAUAUUAGAUCAUUAUCAAACUUGAAGAAUUUAACAUCAUUUUCAUUUCACUGGUUACCACAAUAUUAUUCUGCAAGUGAUUUUUUAACAGAUUUAGUUAAUCUAAAGAUUUUACAAAUCUAUGUUUCAAAUGGAUUAGAAGAAAUUCCUUUAUUGGAAUCUCAUUUAUUACCUCAAAAUUUAGAAACUCUAAUAUUACUCUCUGCAAAUUUUUCAUUGGAUCUUUCAUUACAUCCUCCCUCUUUAACAUCGCUUUAUUUACCCAACGAUGCAAUUCAAUUAUAUGAUGACCAAUUUUAUCGAAAAUAUAAAAAUAUCAUUAAAGUAAUUAAUGAUGGCGAUAGUGAUGAUAUUUUCACAAAUUUAAUAAAUAAAAUAAAAUAA